GCACCACGGCCGCAGCCGUCCAAAGCUUUGCCCUUCCUCUUGGGCCUCAGCUUCACCGCAGGGAAAACACGCCGCCGCGGAGCUGCAUCCUGCGCAAAGCCAAUGGCUGAGGACCCGCAUCAAUGGCUGGAAGAGGUGAACGGCGAGAAGUGCUUGGAGUGGGCCAAAGAGCGCAAUGAGAAGACCUUUCAGAAAUUCGGGCAGCCAGACAAGACCAAACUGUACCGGAACAUCUUGGACAUUUUGGAAAGCAAGGACAAAAUCGCGUACGUGGAAAAGAUCGGAGACUUCUAUUACAACUUUUGGCAGGACGCCAACCAUGUGAAGGGGAUUUGGAGGCGCUGCACGCUGGAGGAGUAUAGGAAGUCAGCAGCAGACAUCAACUGGGAGCUGGUGCUGGACUUGGAUGAGUUGAGCAAGGCAGAAGGGCAGACCUGGGUGUGGCACCGGCCGACGUUCAUCAACCUUGGCCCAGAGGAGAAGCACGACAUUUGCCUGCUGUCGCUUUCACCCGGCGGCAGCGAUGCCGAGGUGAUCCGGGAGUUUAACGUUGACAAGAAGGCCUUUGUGCCACCGGAGGAAGGCGGAUUCACGAUCAAGGAGUGCAAGACAAAUGUGUCCUACAAGUCCCGUGACGUUGUGCUUGUGGGGACGGAUACUGGCGCAGCCAACGACAUGACUGACUCUGGCUAUCCUGCCCAAGUGCGGGAGUGGAAGCGCGGUACUGCUCUUGCUGACGCGCCGAUCGUGUACCAGGUGGAGAAAUCAGACAUUGUAGGAUACGCCUCGCGCUACUAUGACCGCGGAAUUAUACACGAGUCUCGUGGGCGUGCCAUCACAUUUUUCACCUCAGAGCACGUGUACCUGCAUGAUGGGGAGUGGAAGAAGCUGGAUGUGCCUGAUGACAUGAACGUGUCGACCUUCUGUGACAGGUUCCAGUUCCAGCUGCGCAGUGACUGGCAGGUGGAGGGCCAAAGCUUUACUCAAGGAUCGCUGCUCUCGAUCCCCAUGGCCGCAUUUUUCAGAGGAGAGCUGUCAAAGCUGGAGGUGCUGUUUGCCCCCUCAGCCUCAGAAUCCUUGGAAGACACCACGGGCACCAAGAAUUUCCUGAUCCUGAGCAUCCUGGAAGAUGUAAAGAUCAAGUUGGUGUUCUGGGAGUACAAAGCUGGCUCCUGGGUGCAGCGGGGGGUGGAGAAAGGCUUGGGCACAGAGAGCGUGUCCCUGUCCAGCGUUCAGGCGGAUGAAGGCGAUGAUUUGUGGGUCACGGUCUACGGGUACCUGCGGCCUUCCACGCUCUACCUUACCGAUGCAGAGAGCCUGUGUGCCGGCAAGCUCUUGAGCAUGGAGCCCCUGAAGUCUUUGCCGGCCUUCUUCAAGUCGGAGGACCUCGAGGUGCAGCAGUUCUUCGCCACCUCCCUGGAUGGCACGAAGGUGCCCUAUUUCCAGCUCAGCAAGAAGGGCAUGGUCUGCGAUGGGAGGAAUCCAACUUUGCUCUACGGUUACGGUGGCUUCGAGAUCUCGUUGACCCCGGUCUACUCGGGCGGCCGGGGCAUCGCGUGGCUGGAGCACGGGGGCGUGUGGAUCGAUGCCAACAUCCGCGGGGGCGGCGAGUACGGGCCCAGAUGGCACCAGGCCGCCAAGAAGGAGAAUCGCAACAAGGCCUACGAGGACUUUGAAGCGGUGGCCGAAGACCUGCUGACGCGCAAGGUCACCACGCGGGCGCUGCUGGGGAUCCAGGGGGGGUCCAACGGGGGGCUGCUGGUGGGCAACAUGCUGGUCCGGGAGAAGCGCGAGCUGCUGGGCGCGGUGGUUUGUCAGGUGCCCUUGCUGGACAUGAAGCGCUUCAGUCAGCUGCUGGCGGGCGCCAGCUGGAUGGGCGAGUACGGCGAUCCAAGUACGGAUUGGCAUUUCCUGGAGCGCUACUCCCCGUACCACAACGUCUCGAGUGAAUCCACGUAUCCCCCGGCGCUCUUUGUGACCUCUACAAAGGAUGACCGCGUCCACCCGGGCCACGCCCGGAAGAUGGUGGCCAAGCUGCAGGAGCAUCCCAGCGCCAAGGACCAGACCUUCUACUAUGAGAACAUCGAAGGAGGACAUGGUGGAGCAGCAGAUAACAAGCAACGGGCCUUCAUGCAAGUGGUUCAGUAUGCCUUCCUUUGGCAGACAAUGACCAAUGGAAGUUUGCCUAGUUCAGUGGCAGAAUUGUUACAGGUGACGGAGUGAGCUAACUCUGAGUGUUGACCGGCAGACAGCUGAAGAUGCAACUGAGCUCAAGCUAUAGACCAAAAGUGCGAUUGAGUUGGAGAAGAGACGGCAGCG